AAAUAAAUCAUCAGUGGACUUUGCAUGCUCUGUUAAAAUCUUUCGUUUUCAGACGUUCACUAUAGGCUCAAAAAAGGAACAACAUCGGUUUGGCGAUGUGUUGUGGUUGAUUUUGCGAGCUUAUUUUAGUGGAAGGUUUGCAUGUGUUUCCAUCUCUUACUUAGUUCAUCGAGGAGAAAAAAUCAAACAGAUUUUUUCUUCCUUUUUUUCAAAUUGUAUUCAUGUAGUACUUAUUUUCGCUCUUAAAUUACAGAGGUUUUUUCUGGUUCUAGUGAGUGGUUUGCUGGGUGAAUUCGAGAAAUAUCAAGCACUUUUUCCUCAUUCAAAAGCAAUGGAGGAGGAUUGCUGCUCAAGGAAAGGAGCUGCAUUUACAAAAAGCUUGCUUGAUAAGGUCACAUUGCUCAUUACGUGGCUGAACACUGUAGAUGAUUUGGCGUCGAAAAUUACACAGUUAGGGACCAUGUUUGAAGUAAGCGGACUUCCUGAAGCUGAAAAGUGUUGGCCCCGACCAUUGCAUAGCACAUGUUGGACAGUUGGCUUGCGUGAUGCCCGGCCAGUAUUUGCAGCAUUUGUGAAGAAAAGUCUGCUUCUCAGGGGCAUGAAGCGGGUAAUUGCUCGAGUUUGGGAAGUAUGUGAAAGGACGGUUACAAAGACUGCUGUUCUUCUUCAGCCGCCCAUUGCCAGUUACGCGCAUGCAGCUUCUCGCCAGCGAACAAUGAUGAGAUGGAACGAUAUAGUGAAAUCGAAAAGGCCAAAUCAAUAUGCCUGUAUCGUUCUUGGAAAUGUCCUAUUGAAAUGUUUUAAAAAUUUGUAUGCAAUGCCUCUUAGGUCGAAAUGGAGUAUUCCUUCUGAUGCUGAAAUGGAUGUUUUAACAAUGGAAGCACUGAUUGAAGACUGUCGUGAUUGUAUUGAAGAGGCUGUACGGUGUGUUAAAGAGUUGCAUAAAUACCUGUGUUAUGUGGAGCGUUGGUGCAACAAGGUAGCACAAAGUGGCGAUCUUGGAAGGUUGUUCUCACAACUCGAGGGAGAGUGGCGAACGGCAGUCCAGUGCUCAAGACAUAUUCAUAGUGGACUUGAUAUACUUUGGUGUUUGGUAAUUGUUUUUUUUUGUUACUUUGAAAUGAAAAUUCGAUCUAACUGGUUUUUUGCAGAUCUUCAAUUUCUGGCUUUCAUGGCCACAAUGCCAAUUAGUUUACUUUAUUCUGCAUUAAAGGUGAAAGAACGCUCAGCUAGACUCGUCGCAUUACUUCGUAGUGUACUGUUCGAUCUUAACGAUGCAACUGGUUACAUAAUGCGACAACCGCUCGAUGCUGUCGCCACCGUUCUUCGAUCUGAUUAUUGCUUGGUUAGUUUAGUUCCUUCCGAUUUCAUGCUAGUUGAUUUCGGUGAACCUUCGGUUGUUGUUUGUGUGCUGGUUGACUGCUUUAGUGCCGAUAAGGCGAUGGCACAUGAUUUAGUAACUGCUCUUGCCGAAUGCAGAAUACCAGAUUGUGGACGGGUUAUCGUGAGACUAGUAAAUCACCACUCCUGUUUGUUACAAGGAUUUCAGACAGAUGUGGUUUUUACGGUUGGUAGUGACUGUAAUCUUGAGAAGCGAUUUCCUGCAGUGUUUGAAAUGGUGAUGCCAUCUUGUUCGUCGCACCACAAUAUUGAUGCGGAAUUGAGAAAAUUGGCGUUUCAUCGUGAUGUUUGUCGUUAUGUUGGCGAUUCCUACCUCCAAGAAUUCGGAGCAGAAUUAACACUAAAUUUGUUACAUUUUCAGGUGUGUGUGAUGCAACCAUCACCAUCGCCUCAUAUUCCACUUUGGGCUAGUCAUGCUUUCAAUUUUAUUCAUCUGAUAACCGAUCCAAGAUACAAUGGUUAUCUGUCCGACCAUAAAUUCCAGGCGACUCGGUGGGUUUCCAUGAAAUCUCGUUUCUGUAACCUUCGCAAUGACGAAGCCACAACUGUACGUUUGAAAACAGUUGUUGCUUGUUUAGCUGGAGGCACUUUUGGAACUGUAUAUAAAGCGCUAAAUGUAGAUGCGCAAUGCGUGAUUGCAAUCAAAGUGAUCCGUGUACAACGAAGCAUCCAGAAGGUCCUCCAAGGAGAAGUUGACAUUUUUCGUAAUCUCAACCACAAAAAUCUCGUCAAGUACUAUGGUUGCGAAGAUGAGGUAUUAAUUAUGAUGGAAUAUUGUAGCGAAGGGACUCUUGAAAAGAUAUGUCGUGAAGGUCUCGACGAGGAGCUGGUGAGACGCUACACAAAUAGCUUGCUUCGCGCAGUCGCCUAUAUGCACAGUCAAAAGGUUGUUCAUCGUGACAUUAAGCCGGCAAAUAUUUUCCUCGACUUACACUGUGUCUUGAAACUCGGUGAUUUUGGAUGUUCUAUACGCCUUCGCGAUCAGGCUACUAUUUAUGGUGAAAUUGCUGAAUACGCAGGAACUGUGCAGUACAUGGCUCCAGAAGUUUUAACGUACGGUGGCGUCGCAGAAGAUGGACGAUAUCGAGGAUAUGGAAGGGCUGUGGAUAUUUGGAGUAUUGGAUGCGUAGUUUUAGAGAUGGUUGGUCAAGGAGGUAUACCACCGUAUCCAAUUCCCAUAGGAGGUCUCUUGAAGCACUUUCUGGAUUCGUGCUUCGUAUUUAGUCCCGACGAGAGAAAGUCGGCUGAACAAUUGCUGCAAGAUCCUUUUGCUAAUCUACAUGUUGGUGUUUUGUUUUUAUCACUUUAUUAUUCUACUUGA